UCCGCGCCGGGGCUGACCGCGCCGCACGCCGGGACGUCCCAUGCGACUGUGGUCAUCUGUGAAAUCACGGACGUGAACUCGACGGCAGCCGGCCCGUCGGUGCCCCUGCUCGGACACAGCGUGGACGCCAUGGCUCCGACGGGGCCGGGCUCCCCGGUCAACAGCACGGCCGCGAGCCCGGCCCCGGCGCCCGACGGCCUCGGCGUGUCCCUGCGGGUCAUCCUCGCAGCCACCAUGGCCUUCAUCCUGGCCGUGUCCCUCCUGGGGAACCUGGUCGUGUGCCUGCUGGUGUACCAGAAGGCGGCCAUGCGCUCCGCCAUCAACAUCCUGCUGGCCAGCCUGGCGUGCGCCGACCUGCUGCUGGCGGUGCUCAGCAUGCCCUGCGCCCUGGGCGCCGUGCUGGCCGCGCGCUGGCCCUUCGGGGAGCGCCUCUGCCGCCUGUCCGCCAUGCUCUUCUGGCUGCUGGCCACGGAAGGGGCGGCCGUCCUGCUGAUCAUCAGCGUGGACAGGUUCCUCAUCAUAGUGCGGAGGCAGGACAGGCUGAACCCCGCCAAGGCCAAGGUCCUGACCGGCCUCUCGUGGGCCGCGUCCUUCUGCGUGGCCUUGCCGCUGGCCGUGGGCAAGCCCGGUCUGCAGGUGCCUGCCCGGGCCCCCCAGUGCACGUUCGGCUACAGCACCGACCCGGGCUACCGGGCGUACGUGGUCUUGAUCGCCCUCCUGUCCUUCUUCCUGCCCCUCUUGGUCAUGCUGUCCUCCUUCCUGGGCAUCCUCAACACGCUGCGCCGGAACGCGCUGCGGGUCCGCAGCUACCCCGAGGGCGUGUGCCUCCGCCAGGCCGGCAAGCUGGGCCUCCUGAGUCUGCAGAGACCCUUGCAGAUGAGCGUCGACAUGGGCUUUAAGACGCGUGCCUUCGCCACCAUCCUGAUCCUCUUCGCGGUCUACGCGGUGUGCUGGGCCCCGUUCACCGCGUGCGGCCUGGCGGCCACGUUCAGCGAGCGCUUCUCCCAGCGGCGCGACUCCUUUGAGCUGAGCGCCUGGCUGCUGUGGCUCUGCUACCUCAAGUCCGCUCUGAACCCGCUCAUCUACUACUGGAGGAUCAAGAAAUUCCACGAUGCUUGUCUGGACAUGAUGCCCAAGGCCUUCAGGCUUCUGCCGCGGCUCCCGGGCCACACCCGGCGGCGGAUUCGCCCCAGCACGGUCUACGUGUGCGCGGAGCACCGGACCGUGGUGUGACUGUCACAGGCG